AUGAAGCCAUCCACCCUCAUAACCUUCCUCGCCCACCUCGUGGCGACCGAAGCCUGUCUCACUGAGCAGGAGCGGCACGGCGGCCACAUCAUCGACCUCAAAGCCCACCUUGCCAGAGGCACCAUCAAUCGCCGUCAAGCCAACCUCGGCACCGUUCCCGUCGCUGUUGGUGACCGCUUCCAGAACGGCACCACCGCCCCCAUCGGUCUCGGUUACAACGCCAAUGCCACCUUCGACACCAUCCUCAACAGCGAAGAGAUCAAGUCUGCCCUGUUUGGCCUUGCCAAACUGUAUGGCAAGGACAAAGUCCAGUACUUUGAGAUGCCGUACAAGACGUACGAGAACAGGGCCAUGUAUGGUGCCAGGGUUGGUGGGAGUGGCAAGAAGGGGAACAACGGGUACAAGGUUCUUCUCGAGAGCGGUAUUCACUCGCGUGAGAGAGGUGGGCCAGAUCAUUUGAUUUAUUUCAUUUCUGACCUCCUUCGUGCUGCAAAGGAUAAGAAGGGAUUGGUGUAUGGUGGCAUGUCGUAUUCCGCGGCCCAGGUCCAGUCGGCUUUGUCACUGGGCAUCGUCAUCAUCCCUGUUGUCAACCCAGAUGGACUGGCUUUCGAUCAAGCGACCGACUCUUGCUGGCGCAAGAAUCGCAACCUAGAUAGGGCGAUUGAUGGAGAGCCUGUGUCGGUUGGUGUGGACUUGAACCGCAACUUUGCGCCGGUUUGGAACUUCACCGAGGCUUUCGCGCCUGGAGUUGACCCCUCCUCUGACGACCCGAACAGCGAGAUUUAUCACGGUACUGGACCGCUGUCGGAGCCGGAGACGAAGAAUGUUGACUGGACACUCGACCAGUUUCCUGACCUUGGGUGGUUCCUGGACCUACACUCGCCGGCAACGUUGGUGCUGUACGGAUGGUGUCACGAUUCGAACCAGGCUGUGGAUAGGGCCCAGAACUGGCAGAACAAGACCUUUGACGAGAAGAGAGGUGUGGUGCCAGAUAGGUCAGGUUUCGAGUACAAGGAAUUCUUGGAGCAGAAGGACUGGGAUGCUCUGACGCUAGCAGCCGCGAGGGUUGCGGGUGGAAUGACAGACUCGACGGGACGCUUUUACCGGUCACUUCAAGCUCCUCAUUUGUAUCCCAGCAGUGGCUGCUCCGCGGACCAGGGCCUUGUCAGGGCAGCUUUGGAUCCGAAGAAGAAGAAAGUGUAUGGGAUUGGGGUGGAGUUUGGGGAGUGGAAUUACCAGGCUGAGUGCUUGUUCUACCCGACUCAGGAGCAGCACAGGCUGAACAUGAUUGAGAGCAGUGUUGCUUUCAUGGAGUUGCUUCUUGCUGCUGUGAGGUUGGGAUGA